GGGCGACGUGGUAGAGAAGGGGGGGGGAGCAUUGGCGGCGAGGCAGAUGCUCCCUCCAUACCCUUUUUCACUUAGCAUACAGUCAGCAAGCAUCCACACAGAUACUACAGUAGUGAAGCAUGUUUGACAAGCGGAUAGUCGGCGGGCGCGAGGCAAAGCAGGGCGAGUUUCCGUUUGUGGCCCAUCUCAGCUACACUCGCGACAAGAUGCCCAUCCAGUGCGUUGGCACGAUUCUCCACGACCAGAUCAUUCUGGUGCCCGCCUUUUGCGUGGUUCACCAGGGCACAGAGCAGGUCAUCCGUCCAGACGAGCUGCUGAUCGGCUACGGCUCGGUCGAGCGCAGCAAGCUCCGCCAUGCGCGGGUGCUCGAAAUCGCCGUACACAGAAAGUACACACAUAAUGGCAUCCACAACAACAUCGCACUGGUUAGGAUCGAGCCGCUAGAGUUCUCCGAGACUGUCAACCGCAUUCCUGUGUUCUCAGGCAGCGUCUCGGCCCGCGAGCGCAUGGAGGUGAUGGGCUGGGGAGCCGACGACCAGAUUGGCGCCAAGUGGUCCGAGACUCUGAAAACCACAGAUGUGCGCAUUGGCGAGAGUGCACGGUGCCAGCGCUCAGAAAACUACAACGGGGUCGAGGGCCGUGUGCUGUGCAGCGACAAUAUGCUGAACCCGGGCCACGACCUGUGCAAUGGCGAGGUUGGAGCGCCGCUGGUCCAUGAUGUCGAUGGCCAGAAACAGCUGGUUGGGAUAUACAGCUACCACAUAGACCUGUCCAAGGAGGGCUACGACUUGUGUGCCAAGGACUCGAGCCUUGCAUACUACACACAUGUCUACAGCUACCUCGACUUUAUUGCCUCGACAGUCGGGGUCCCUGUCGACACCUUCACCAAGUCCCUGCAUGAGCCAGCCGGCAGUCCAGCAGCACCCAAGAAGCUGGGCAAGGGUGCCGUGGCCGGCAUCGCGGCCGGAUCGGCUGCGCUUGCCCUGCUGCUGUUUGCGGUCCUUGUCAAGGUGUGGAGGGUGCACCAGGCGCAGAAGAGGACUGCUUGGGGCCACACGUAUGAGCUGGCGUCGCGCACUGCGGAGGAUGACGAAGACGAUGAGAUUGUCGCCAUUGCCCCGAGCCACUAACGGCAUCUAAUGCCAGUUCUCUAGCACAGGUCACAAGGCAACCCAGUCCAGCAUUGCCUGUGUCCGGUUUUCGCCCAGUUGGACACUCAUUGGACGCGCUGAAAAAUCAGCAAUUUCGACAGGACUAUAUAUAAGGGCCGUCUAUUUCCGACAUGGAUGGGGGCGUGGGCGCACUCUUUGCCUGCCUGCUGCAUGCCGUCUAUGCUGGCCAGAAUCCCAAU